AUGCCCCUUGAAGGAGCAGCUGAAGAAGGCGUGCGGAGAUGGAUGGAGCGAGGGAAGAGGAUGAAGGUCAACGCCAGCGAUGAGAGAAGAAGAAGAGAGGAAGAGGUGAAGGGGGGAGGGGCAGAGAGUGUGAGAAAGCAAGAGAACGAGGGAAACAACCCACCAAGCCAAUCAGCAACUGGCGUCAAAUACCAGCUAGUCCGAGCCCGGCCUAGCGCCAGCCCCACCACGAUCUCCCGCCCGCUGCUGGCCAACGCGCACCCUGAUUGGCCAGUCCUCGUCCGCGGGCUCCCAAAACAGCUUAGCGUCCCUGACUCAGCACGGCCCUGA